AUGAAUAAUCAAAAUGCCCCUAAGUUUGAAACAAAGCAAGAUUACAUUAUAGAUACUUCGAGCAUUGUUGCUUAAGGUAAAAGAGGAUAAAUAUUAAAAUGUAAACACAAAGAAAAGGAUGAAAAAUUGUGUGUGAAGGUGAUAAGUAAAUCGCAUUUUUAUGUUAAUUAAAAAAAUGAAAUACAAGUAUUAGAAACACUUAAAAAUGCAAAAACAAAGCAUUUGAACGUCUUAAAUAUCUAUAAUAUUAUUGAAGAUAGCAAAAAGUACCUCAUUUUUAGUGAGCUCUGUGAUGGCAACCUAGAACAAUUAUUUUAAUAGAAACAGAGCAAUAAUAAAUGGUUUUCUAAUGAGGAAAUUCUUGAUUUGCUGGGUCAAAUAGUGAGAGGCUAUUUGUAUUUGAAGAAUCACAAAAUAAUCCUUAGAGAUUUAACGCCCAGAAGCAUUCUAUAUAAAGAACUUACUAAUAAUAGAAUUGUAUUAAAAGUAAAAAUAAAAUAUAUUCAUAGAUAUCAGAUUUUGGUGUGAGUCGAAUAACUCAGGAUGGAUGUGCAGUAACUAGAACUGGAAUUCCUUAUUACUCAGCUCCAGAAGUUUACAGAAAUUCUCCUGAUCAUUAAAAGUACACUGACACAUGCGAUAUCUAUUCAGUAAUAGUUUUAUAUAUUAUACAUUAGCUUGGAAUCAUUCUUUACAUGAUGUGCUAUCAAGGAGAAAAGCCAGUGAAUGUAUAAGAUCUAAAGGAUCUAAAUGAAUUCCACGAAAGAUUAAAAAAAGAUUAAUUUUUAUCAUGUCCAAACAACCACAGAUAUUCAAAAGAAAUUUUGAAUUUAAUAGAAAAAAUGAUUGUAUACAAUCCAGAAAAAAGAAUCACAUGGGAUUAGUUAGAUUUCAAUAUAGUUCAACAUUUUCUUAUCCUAGAAGAUAAUUAUUUCAUCGACUUAGACAAAACUAUAAAUUCAGGAUUGUAAGGAGUUUCUCAUGAAGCAUUUCAUUUAAAACAAUGCGUAGAAUUAGUUUGUAAAACCUUCUAAAAUAAUAUGGUUGGAAUUACUAGAGCAAUUGAAAAUUUGGAGAAAAUCAAAUAAAAAUUUCAUAAAAAUGUGUUACAAGUUAUAGCCAUAGUCAGGUAUAGUGAAGAAUAAACUUAUCUAAUUCUUGAGAAAUGGGACAUCAGUCUUUAAGGCUAUAUAGAAGAGUUAUAGUAAAAAAAAUAGAAUUUGAAAAGCUACGAAAUUUUUGAAAUAUUAUAUUAGAUAGUGGAAGGGUAUUGCUUUCUUAAAGAUUUGUAAAUUGCUCAUAUUGAACUAAAACCAAGUAAUAUUCUCUUAAAAAAAAAUGAAAAAGGAAAAUAUAUUGUUAAAGUAUAAUAUAUUACUUCAAUAGAUCUUUGAUUUGGAAAUUAACAAAACUAUUGGAAGAGGUAUAACUCAUUCUACAAAUGAAUUGAAAAUAUUUGCUGCUCCUGAAAUGUUCUAAUAAGGUUUCUCCAGCGAUUCAUAAAGUGAUAUGUUUUCAGUAUUAUUGUAUUUUAUCUUUUAGCUAGGUAUGAUUUUAUAUUAUAUGGCAUUCUAAAAAAUGUUUAAAAACUUUGAAAGUAAAGCUGAUCUUGUAGAUUUUCAUUAGUCUUUAACUACCACACCAUUUAAAAGUCCUAAUCAUGAAGUAAUAUUCUAUAAUAAAUUGUAGAACCCAUUAAUUUCAGAACUAAUUAAUUCAAUGAUUGUAAACGAUCCAAAGAGAAGAAUUAGUUGGUAAUAAUUGUAGAAGCAUUAAAUAUUUGACGAAUUUAAAAUUUCAUAAGUUCCUAAUGAAAUUAUUUCUGAUCAAUUUUUAGAAACAUAACUAAACAAAAAAAAGAAUAUUAAGAUAAUAUAGUUUUAAUAAUAAUAAUAUUAAAACUAAAUACAAUAAUAACAAUACUAGUAGUAAUAGUAAUAACAAUAAUACUAAUAAUAGCAUCAAUAAUCGUUAUAAUAACAACAAUAAUAAUUAUACUAAUAACAACAACCAUAAAUACACUAAUAACAAUAAUAAUACUAAAAAAGUUAAAGUCAAAAUUCUUCUUGUUUUACAGAAAUAUACGAAUAUAUACAUUCUCUUCAUACUCUAGCGAUUAAGGUAUUAAGAGUAUGCGAAGAGCACUAAAGGGAUGAUUGCAAAGAUGAAAUACUGUUAUUCAAAUAAUUCUUAAUUCGUUUCUGCAUUUCUUGUUUGAUAUGUUUUAACAAUCUCAAAAAUUAUAAUUUUAUUUAUUUAGACAAUGUUAGAUAUUAGGUAAAAUCAAUUUCUACUUUCAAUGAUUGGUAUUAAAAGAAAAAUAUUGAAUAAUUGGGGAAAGACACAACUGAUAUAUAUGAAUCCUUAAAAAUCAUGCAAACCACUACUCCCACUUAAAUAAUCGUUAGAGGAAAUGAAUUGCUAAAAGACCUUACCAAUAAAUUUUAGUAGAACAAUAACAAUACAAAUAUUGUUAUGUUUCAUUAAUACUUCAACUCUUUUUUUAGAGAAGUUAAGCUUUCAAUUUUCAAUUCCAAUAUCCAAACAAAACUAAAGUUCUAUUUGCUUAAAUUUUCAAAUGUUUUUAUCGAAUAUCCGAUUUAGAGUUUCGAAUUAUUUUAGGAAACAAAAGUAGCCUAAAAGAUCUGCUUAAUUGAUGAAAUGGAAAAUUAUGUAAUAAAUCAUCUAAAUCAGAAAUGA